UUGUAAAAAAAAAAAAACGGUCAUAAGUCUUUUUUUUUUUUAAUGCGGCUGUAACUUCGAACAUUCCCUAAACGAAUGGUUGCAACUCGAGGACCACAUCACUAAAACAAAUCCUGCAGCCGAGGUCUUGCCCUCUUCCCAAAGAGGAUUUGGAACCGCUCUGUCGGAUUGACCCCUUGGCCCUCAACCUCUCAAGUUUCUAGUCCUCUUUGAUGGCAAAGUUCAGCCUCUGGAAAGGUUUCUCGCUGUCCGCCAGGUCAAAAUCAUGCUGGUUACUCAUUGUCCCAGCCGGGCCCAUAAAUGCGCAACAAUCCUUCCCAGAUUUCUUUUCCCCCAAAGGAAGCACUCAAUGUUUACCCAGAAAGGCCUUGAAAUAAGCGACACCUUGAACUCAGCACAACUGAGUCACUUCUCCGUGCACCGCCAUAAAGUCAUAUAACUGGGACGCCUAUAAAAACAGGCCGGUCACGGCCACCUCUUUUUCAGACCAAGGACAGCCGAGGAUCGGUCGCUUACCUCGGGUUCUGAGCAACCUCAGAAGAUGGAAGGCACCUUAUACGCAAAGUUGCUCCUCGUUGUAGCUGUUAUGCCAGUGGUUGUCUCAGGCCUAGAGCUGGCCAUCAACACCAAGACGGCUGGCUACGAGCUGGUGACCAAAGUGGGCCUGACCCAGUCCCUCUGGUGCACCGUGAAGCAUCACAGCCAGGAGGAGGAACUGCUUUGGCUACGAGGAGACGGAGAAGUCAACUUGCAGGAGGGGAACAAGGUCAAUUCCAGCAACAUUUGCAUCUCUCCUGUCACCGACGAGGACAACGGCAUCUCCUUCACCUGCCAGUUGGCCCGGAACAAAUCCGUCCAGGUGUCUGUGCUGCUCAACGUCACCUACGCCCCCGUCCUAACCGGGGAAGACCUUCCCAGCAUCCCCACCGAUUGGGAUGCGACCUUCAAUUGCCGUGUCAAAGCCAACCCUCCUGCUCAACUUACCUGGCUGAAGGACAACGAGAUCCUGAGCCUGGGGGACUCCCGCUACUGGCUUGUCCAAAGCAGCGAGCUGUUUCAGCUGACCAUUAAGCAACUCCAACCCUCGGACGGAGGGAUAUACACCUGUGUGGCUCACUCGCCGCUAGGCAUGAGCCGUAAGGAUUUCCACCUGGUCGUCGAAGAGAAAAAACUGCCUUACCCCACCGAAGCUGUCAUUGCUGCCGUGGUCGUCCUGUCACUCAUAGCGCUCUUCGCUCUUGCGGUUCGAUGGCAAAAGAUCCUACAGUGUUUCAAGAAAACCGAUUCGCCGAGCCACACCGCCCUGUAAAGGAAUUCUUACUCCGGAGCAACCUCUUAGAUGAUCCGUGUGACUUCAGAUGGCUAGUGCCGUUUUGAUUUCGAACUUUAAAUAAAUCCAAUGUACAACUUACCCAUGUUCAAGCAACAUUAACAUUUAGAACUGAUCCACUUUCAAGCGACAAUAAAAUGCACAGAAUAACGGAGCUGGAAGGGACCUUGGAGGUCAUCCAGUCCAACCCCUCCUGGCCCAAGCA